CUCCGCGUAUCUCUUGAUUCUUGGGGUAACUUGGGUGCUUUUGGCUUGGGUUCUAUCUCACUGCUCAGGUACCGAAAACGUCUUGUUUUUACAGAUUAUAACCAGUGAUACCUGUUCUGCUGUACAGCCGUACAGCAAAGCCAUUCAUUUCGUCAACGUACAUUCAGGUAGGUGGUUGUAGGUGUCAAUGUUGUUUAUAUACGGAGGUGUUCGAUCUUUCGCGUCGUAUGCAUCGGUUUGAUAUUUUACAAGUUUAGAAUUUAAUAAUAAAAUCGAAAGUCUCGCGCAAAAUAUGAUACUCUGACGAGGUGAAAGCUGAAUUCAUUCGUCGAAACAAUUUUUCCACACACAUCAUAUCGAAAAUGGAGCUAAAGGAUUUCCUCUACGUUGGAGAAUAUCUCAAAGAUCGACUGUACUUUGCUACAGUUCAAAAUGGAAUCGUACCAGUAUCUUCGAGUAAAUACCACUAUUUUUGUAUCGAUGAUAUCCUAGUCUAUGAAAAUUUCUAUUUCGAUUUUGGGCCACUGAAUUUAUCAAUGUUGUAUCGAUACUGCACAAUGAUUUCAAAAUGUCUAAACACUUUCACUGAUAAAAUAAUAAUCCACUAUACUACGAUGAACGAGAAGAAAAGAUCGAAUGCAGCAUUUCUAAUAUCGUCUUUCGCUUUGAUUUAUCUGAAUAAAACCGUCGAAGAAGCGUAUUCUCCAUUGACUGGAAAACAUAUCCCACCAUUUUUACCGUUCAGAGACGCAACAACCACCGAACCUACCAUAACCAUAUCGAUCAAAGAUUGCCUUCAGGCGAUCUUCAGAGCCCACGCAUUAGGAUUCUUCCGUUUCAAUGAUUUCAAUUUAGCCGAAUACGAGAAUUACGAAAGAGUCGAAGAAGGAGACAUGAAUUGGAUAGUGCCUCAAAAGUUCCUCGCCUUUAGCGGACCUCAUUCUCACGUCGAUAAAGCCAAUUCUCAAGAACACGCACCCGAAUACUAUUUUUCGUACUUCAAGACCAAUGGCGUAACAAACAUCAUACGAUUGAAUAAAAAAUCGUACGAUGCGAAUCGUUUCAUCGAUAGCGGUUUCCAACAUAACGAUUUGUAUUUCCACGAUGGCAGCACACCCAGUAACCUGAUUUUGGAAAAAUUUUUCAAAAUCACCGAAAACGCUCCCGGUGCUGUGGCUGUACAUUGCAAAGCCGGACUUGGCAGAACCGGAUCGGUUAUUGCGUGUUACCUUAUGAAGCAUUACAGAUUCAAUGUAGGAGAAGCCAUUGCGUGGGUACGAAUUUGUCGGCCCGGUUCUAUAAUUGGUAUUCAGCAAAAAUGGUUACACGAUAAAAAAACUCAAUUGUGGAUCGAAGGCAAUAGAUACCGUAAAAAGAAGUACGGCAGCGCGAAUUUCAUUCCUACCCAUAAAUAUGGAAUUUAUAGCAACGAGAUUCACGCUCUUCGUAACGGUGAUCAAAUCCAAAGGGAAUUUUUAUACGAGCCUACGGUGCUAAAGAAAGCCGAUAUAUCCGAUAUAAUGCAUAAUAUAGGUGCCAUUAAUUUGGAAGACAAGGACGAAGUUUGUAAAGCGCGAGUUUCCAUUCACGACCAAAAUUACGAAAAAAAAAAGGUCGAAUUGACUUCGGCAGCGAUACGAAAUUCUCGAAGUCGCGUCAACGCUUCCCAAGGCGAUAAACUUUACCAAAUAAAAGCAUCUCGAAAACAGCCCAGAAGCCUGUCUACACCAAUUACCGCUGCUGGUUUAAAACCUGGCAGAACUAUAACUUACACCAAAGUAAAACACCAACCAUCUUCCAGUAUUUACAAUGUACCGAUAGAAAUGCCCAAACCAGCUUUCUGUUUACCAUCCAAUUUCUACUCAGAGUUCCCGGUCGAACAUACCAAUGGAUAUCAACCGAGUAGGAGUUUUUACUCCAAAAGAUGAUCAAAUCGUAAUCCUUCCCGUUGUUUUUAUAUAUCUACUUUCUUUUUUUUCCUUGACUAUUUUAAUUACCUAAUUAAUUUCUCUCUAUAAAGUAUUUAUCUAUCUCUCUUUUAUUCCAGUAGAACGAAAAACUCCAAGAAAUGCGUAUCAGUAUUACCUUUUUUUAAAUAAUACUCAAUCAUUAGAAAUGUUUUUUCUUUCUUUAAUACUUUUUUUCUGGUCGUAGCGUGAGUAUCGUUUUGUUAUUUAUGUCGUGUUUUUUUUUGGUAAUUUUUUUUCUUCUUUUAUAUACUCGUAAUCUACCUUUACCGAGGUAUACCCUACGUAUAGAAUAUGUAUUUAUUCAAUAAUGCCGCAGUGUAAUAGCUUUGUGAUUUUUAUGUUUUAUUUUCUUCCUUAUUUUACUUUCUUUAUUUUUUUCUCUCAUUUUUUUCUUCUUCUUUGUAUUACCUAUUGCUAUUAUUCAUUUAAUUGUGCAAUAUGUGAUUGUUACUUGAUUAAUAAAGUACAAAUUAGAAUGUU